AUGAAUAACGAAUACGAUUACUUGUUCAAGUUGUUGUUGAUCGGAGACUCCGGUGUCGGAAAGUCCUGUUUGUUGUUGCGUUUUGCCGACAACACCUACACCCAAGACUACAUCUCCACCAUCGGAGUGGACUUCAAAAUUAGAACCAUCGAGCUCGACGGCAAGACCAUCAAGUUGCAGAUCUGGGACACUGCCGGCCAGGAGCGGUUCAGAACCAUCACCUCUUCAUACUACCGUGGUGCCCAUGGUAUCAUUAUUGUGUACGACGUCACCGACCAGGAGUCCUUUAACAACGUCAAGCAAUGGUUACAGGAGAUCGACCGUUACGCCACUGGCGGUGUCAUGAAGUUGUUGGUCGGUAACAAGGCAGACUUGUCUGACAAGAAGGUGGUCGACUACACCGCCGCCAAGGAGUUCUGCGAGGCCAUGGACAUUCCAUUCUUGGAGACUUCGGCCUUGUCGUCAUCCAAUGUCGAGCAAGCGUUCUACACAAUGGCUAGACAGAUCAAGGCACAAAUGACCAGCAAUGCCGGCGCCAACACUGCUGCCAACGCCAAGUCCAACGUUAACUUGAAGGGUCAAUCUUUGACUAACGGCCUGGGCGGCUCUUGUUGUUAA